AUGCCAGAGUCAGGGUCAGCACCAUCGAACAUCAACAUCAACAUCAACAACCAUGACCUCCCUAACUCACAACAUCCUACGCAACAGAACAAUCCUAGCAAGAUAACAAUCACAAAUCCACAUCAGAAACCUCCCUGUGAAGAAAUGAAGACAGGAGUUGCCAAUGAUGAUGUCGAUUGGUUAUUUCGUGGAAAGUCGAAAAAAAUUGUCAAGAAAUUGGCUUCAAGUAAUGAACAAAAAGAUGCAAAGCCUCAAGGUGAUAGUAGCGGGGGCAAAGAUGUGGUCUUAAAUGGAUCUAAUGCAGAGAGGAGGAAUUUGCAAGACGAUACAUCUACGCAGUCAAAAGAUGGUGCAGCUAAAACGCUGCCACCACCACUACCACCAUCAUCAUCGCUGCGAGAGCAACAACAGCAGCACCAACAGCAACAAACAAGGCGCUCAAUUGAUCAAACUCUGGAAGCUGUUCCUUCAGACGCAACAGCAACCAAGUCAAGAGUGGACACUGCGCCUGCUAAAACAUCGACAUCGCCUGCUACUUCUACUGCUGCUCCCGCUACUAGUGCAAAGCCACCAUCCACGCCUGCAACCUCGCAACCGGAAAAGGCGUCAAAGUUGGAUCGAUUGAUUGGACGCUCUCGUUCUUCUUCUGCAUCUUCUGUGCAACAAACAAAGACACAACCGCCUCCUCAACCACCCGCAUCUGCAAUUGCAAUUGCCAACAACACGAGACGCAGUAGCAGUUUUAAUUUAGUUCUGCCGUCGCUAACUAGUGACUUGGUCUACAAUGACCACGAUGAAGCCUUACUUUCACAAAAAUCCGCUGGAUCAUCGCCCAGUACGUCCACUACUAGCUCACCCGGCGUGACAAGAUCAAACAGUGGGAAAAAGGGUUUAUUCAGCUCCCUAUCUUCCAAGUUUAAGAGCCUGGCCUCGUCUUCAUCCCAACUACAGCAACAACAGCAAGAGCAACAGUACUCUGCUCUGCAAUCACUGGCAACUAAAUCUCCAGCACCAGUAUCACCAAAGUUGAAUCCAAGUUUACUCGGCUCAGGUGCAAACCCAAAAAGAAAUGAAGACCUAAUUGCUAUGACAGAUAAGCCACCUGCGGGCAUGGGCAUCCCUGCACGAAGGAGAAGCUCCAGCUCUUCUAAAUCUGGCUCUGGACUGAUGUUUAAAGAUUCUUAUCAGGAUGAGAAUCCAAUAAGUUCGUCCCCCAACGAAGGCAGAGGGUUUUUCAGAAGGAAAUCUUCAGCAGCAUCCAUUGCAAGAACAAACUCAACUCCAACAACGACACAACGGAUGGUUUUAAACAAAAAUAAGAAUCGAAAACCGAUUCCUUUGAAGGACUUGAAAGACGUCAAGCUUCGUCGCGUUUCUUUUGCUAUUGAUAAAUUGGAAUACGAUCCUCAACAGCAGAUACCUUCUAGAAGACCAAGAAAAGGGGAUGUUUUAAUCCCUCAGGAUCUUAAUGCCCCACCGCCACGAUUGUGUAUGGGUAUUGCCUCAGUUGAGGGGAGCAAAGAUGCUCAAGGACAGGCUCCACAAUACAAUGAAAGAGAUGUCGCAUUAGCCAUUGAAGCACAAAAACGAGCAUUAGCUGAUGCUGAAAAGCAUGCAUAUGAAGCCCAUUUACAAGCUAAGCGGAUUGCUCAAGAAGUCGCCAAUUUUAAGCCCUCUAAGCAGAAGCUGAAGGAUGGCGAUGGAGUGGAAGCCGAAUACGAUGAAGAGGAGGAGAAAGAGAUUGACGCCAAAGUGGGGCAACGCAAAUUGGCACAUGACGCGCAAAUUGACCAGCCAUUGCAUGUUCACGAGCAACAUUUUGAGGAUGAACCUGAGCACUUGGAAAAGGGGGUGACAUUGGAAACGAUUUAUACCAGAUGUUGUCAUUUAAGAGAAAUUUUGCCAAUACCGGCAACAUUGAAACAGUUGAAAAAUAAACAAGCUCCAUUGGAAGUGUUGAAGAUGCUCAAUCCAAAGCCGACAUUGAUUGAUGUGUUGUCAUUUUCUGAUUUCAUCGCCAUCACUCCGAUCAAUGCCGUAAUUUUCGACAAUGUCACCAUGACUACCGAAAUGUUGAAGAUCAUUUUAGGGUGCUUGUCACAAAAUAAAGUGUUGGAGAAGCUUUCAUUGAGGAAUGUGGGUAUUGAUAGUCACGGAUGGAGAUUAUUAUGUGCGUUUCUAGCACAAAACAAGACGAUCAAGAAAUUGGACAUUUCACAACAACGAAUAAGGUCUGAUGCUAGUCCCGAUUGCAUUAGAGGAAAUUUAAAUUGGAGGUUAUUCAUCCAGUCCAUUGUGUACCGAGGUGGAAUUGAAGAAUUGGUUAUCAAUGGCUGCAAGUUGUCCGAUGACGUGUUUUACGAGUUGAUCAACAAAGCGGUCAAGAUUGCCACAAGACGGUUGGGUGUGGCGGCGAUUGAAAUGAAUUUGGCCAAGGCACAAAUUGUUGCCAAUUACAUUAGUGACCCCAAUGCUAAUUGUGUUGGUGUUGAUAUUGCAUUUAACGACUUGAGUCACGGUCAGUUGUCACCAUUUAUUGACAUUUUCAAUCGGGGCAAUGACAAGUUGAUGUUUCUUUCAAUUAACUCGACGCAUUUGAAGGAUGUUAGUGAAACUGCUGAAUUCUUAAAAAGCUUGAUCAAUGUGAAGAUGUUGCGGUUUUUUGAUAUGAGCUCAGUUCCAAAUGUGUUUCCUGAAAUUAUUGCAUAUAUGGCGGAGUAUUUGCCGCAGUACCCCAACUUGCGAAGACUUCAUUUAGAUUUGAAUGAGUUAUCAGCUCAGGCAAUUGGGUCCAUAGCCACUUUUUUGCACAAAGUUCCCAACUUGGUUCAUUUAUCACUUUUAGGGAAUCGGAAUUUGAACCAUUCAGCCGCUGCAACCGUAUAUGCAGCAGUUAAACAAUCGUCAACUUUAUUUGCAUUGGAUCUCGAUUACGAUUUAGUCAGUGAUGAAUUAUCGCAGCGAAUUGCGUUUUAUCUCAUGAGGAAUAUGGAUAUGUCAUUGAAUACGCAGUACCCAUUGACUUCAUUGAACAAAGAGGAGGAUCUAAUGUAUGAUGGGUCAUUGUUGAUGGAAACGGCGGAGAAGUUGUUGACUCAAACGGAUCAGUCUGAACAAAAACAAGAUUGUAAAAUCCAACAAAUUGUGUCCAAUGCCAUGCUUGAUAGGACCAGAGCAAUUCGGAAAGAUAUCCACAUGGCAAUUGACGAUUUGUUUGCAAAGAGAGCAAGAGGUCAGUUGUCGUUUGAAGGCAAGGAGAAUCUAGUUCGGUUUUGUUUAUUAGAUUCAUCAUUGGAAAAGAUUUUGCAUACGUUUGAAGAGCAUGCGCAGAAAGUGACGCCAACUGGAGGAGAUGCAGUGCAGCAGCAACCACCACGACAAGAGCAACUGCAACCACAGCAACCACUGCAGCAAACACCGCUACAACGAGCACCAACACAACAACAACAACAACCACUGCAACUGCAACUGCAACUGCAAUUGGAGACGGGAAGUCAACACCGCCCGCCCAAAAUCAGAGUCCAUCAAGAACCAGAUUCAUUACAUCAAAGCUCUACAGAAUUAAUCAGUGCGGGACCCAUAUUAUCACCUCGAGCAUCAAAUUUCCAACCCAUAUCCUCAUACUUCUCUUCUAAUGAUGUCAAUCUAACUCCCCAUCAAGUUGUGGUUGAGUCCAACGAUGAAGGUAAAGACGUUAUAAUUGACAAGAUGACGGGACGACCCGUGCUCAUGAGGUCAGUGAGUCAAAGCAGUUUACACGCCAAGCAACAAGAGAUUGAGGAAGGUGAGUUUCAUAAACUUGGUAUUUUCAUGCAACUGAGAGAAAACCCGACUGAAGUGAAUGGGGAGGGUGGUAUUAAAAAGGGUAUACCGUUGUUGAAUUCGUUGCCUUCGGGUUCGGAAUUGAGAGAUGCGAUAAUUGCUGCAAAGGGGAUUGAAAAUGUUGAUGAUUUGAUUGACAAGAUUAAUACCAAUAAAGUUGGUCUUGAGAUAUUGGAUAAGGGAAGGUAUGAGCAACAACAACAACUGCAGCCCCAACUGCAGCCCCAACUGCAAGUGCGACUGCAACUGCUGCUGCUGCUGAGUGAAGCUAUUUCUGCACCAGUGCCGCCAGAAGUUGUUAGAGAAAAAAAUGAUUCUGAACAAGGCAAAAAUGAAGCGUUGCAUCCAGUAGUUGAUGAGGUUUAUGAUAAAUUGUUAAACGAUGCUGAACGAGUUAGAUCAAAACAAGAUCUGCAGAGUUAG